UGGUGGGGUUCUGAUAUUUUUAUGUUUUCUUUCAAUUAUUUGGUACGUUAAAUUUGGAUUUAUUUUUUUCUUUUCCGAAUUAAAACGCUGAUGUUUUCGUUAAGCUCAGAUCUUCAACUUUGUGAUUGUUGAAAGACAUCAAAAUUUCUGAUUUUACCAUUACUUGAAGUUGAUCUUUGUAUUGCUCUUCUAUUUUCUUUUUUUUUUUUUUAAUAUGAAUAUGGAUAUGAAUAUGAAUAUGAUAUUUUGGGUUUUAUUGAAAAGUUUCCAAAUAUAGAAAAAGUAAGGAGCUUGAUUUUAUAUGGUAAUUUUCCAAAUAUUCAUCUAGAUACCAUUUUGUCGACACUAUUUUAUCCAGAUUUUAUUAGGGACUAACAUGAACUUCAAGAACUUUGGAAGUAACCAACCGCCGUCAGGUGAUGGCGGCGGUGGUAAUAAACCGCCUGGGAAUUAUCCGAUAAGUAGACAGCCAUCGGUCUAUUCUCUAACCUUUGAUGAGUUUCAAAGCACAAUGGGUGGAAUAGGCAAAGAUUUCGGGUCGAUGAACAUGGAUGAGCUGUUAAAGAACAUUUGGAGUGCUGAAGAAACUCAAACAAUGGCUUCUCCCGGUGUUGGCCUAGUGGGAAAUGGAGGGUUACAAAGGCAAGGGUCUUUGACUUUGCCCAGGACACUUAGCCACAAAACUGUUGAUGAAGUUUGGAGAGAGAUCUCAAAUGAGUUUUCUAUAGGGACUGAAGCCACUGAUAAUAUGCCACAAAGACAGCAAACCUUAAAGGAGAUUACUUUAGAGGAGUUUUUGGUCAGAGCCGGUGUGGUAAGAGAGGAUAACAUCCAAUUUUCUGGGAAGGACAAUAAUGUUAAUGGCGGCUUCUUUGGGGAAUUACCGCAAGCAGGGAGUAAUACCAGUGGGUUUGGGAUUGGGUUUCAACAAGGUGGAAGAGGUCCAAAUUUGAUGGGGAAUAGGCUACCUGAUGGUGGUAAUCAAAAUGGUAUUCAAGCUUCCGAUUUGCCUAUGAAUUUUAAUGGAGUUAGAUCCAAUCAGCACCACUUAACUCAGCUUCAGCAGCAACCAUUAUGUCCUAAGCAACCUGGUGUGGAAUAUGGAGCUCAGAUGGGUUUGCAAAGUGGUGGUCAGUUGGGGAGUCCUGGAAUUAGGUGUGGUCAGGGACUAUAUAAUGGCUUGAUCCAUGGUGGUGGGAUGAGUAUGGUUGGUUUAAGAUCACCUGCUAACCACCUUUCAUCAGAUGGGAUUGGGAAGAGUAGUGGAGAUAGUUCCUCAGUUUCACCCGUUCCUUAUGUGUUUAAUGGAAGUUUGAGGAGUAGGAAAAGCAGUGCUGUGGAAAAGGUUGCUGAGAGGAGGCAGAGAAGAAUGAUAAAGAACCGAGAAUCCGCUGCAAGAUCACGAGCUCGCAAGCAGGCUUAUACAACGGAGUUGGAAGCAGAAGUUGCUAAGCUGAAAGAGGAGAACCAAGAAUUGCAGAAGAAACAUGAUCACAUCAUAAAAAUACAGAAAAAUCAGGUGAUGGAGAUGAUGAAUGUGCAGCCAGGAGCUAAGAAACGAUGCUUGCGACGAACACGGACAGGUCCUUGGUGAAUCAAAAGGGUUACGUUAGUUGGUUUUUGUACAUAUUCGGAGAGUUGAUGAAUUAAUGUGGUCUUGGAUUAAAAAGACUUCUUUUUUCUUUUUUCUUUUUUUUCCGGUAGUAUAACAGUUUGCCAUGAAAAUGGAUAUGGAAACUUUACCUUCUUUUUUUACAA